AUGAGUGAAGAAGUCUGUUAUACAGAAAUUAAAAACAAGAGCAGCAGUAAGCAUUUCCCUUUGAUUGAUCUGACAGAAAUCAAACCUUAAGUCAAUUUCCUUGAGAGUUUAUUACAGAAAAAGUAUCAGCUCAAUAAAAAAAUAUAGUAGUAUACAUUGGGUAAGGUAUAUCUUGAGUCUCAGAAUUAAAAAGCGAUAUUCAGAGUUUUUCAGGAUUCUGAUUUGAACAUCUCUUCGAUUUUCUAAAAGAAGCUAAACAGAACAACUGUUGACGAUGAUGUUAUGACUACCAGUUCUUAAAUUGCAAAUGCGAAUAGAUAAAAUAGGAAGGACAUCAUUUUUAGAAUUUUUGAAGUAGAGAAACCUCAACGUCCUAAAUAGAUUCCCUUAGAAGAAAUGGAACUUUCCCUCUUUGGGAUUACUUAAGAAAACAAUGUAUUCUUUACACAACAACUCAAAGUACCCAAAGAGAGUAAAUAGUUCCUAUCUUAAUGA